AUGCACCUUCGAGAGGGGCACAAUGGCGUCCUAGCCUUCGUGGCAGCUGCCCUCGGGGCCCUCGCCGUCGGUCCAGCGGCCGCGGACUCCUGCAAUCCGUAUACGCCAUUCGUGCCAAUUGACCCUCAGAACUGGGCGAACCCGGACAACAUGACCUGGGAUGAGUGGGUGAAGCCUCCAGGCACCGACUGGUCGAACCCGGCACGCAAGGGUUCCAGCCGCAACUUCAACAUCGCCCUUGUUGUCGUCGACUACCCGGACAGGCCCUUCAUCGUCACCCAGCCGGCCCACUCGACCAUCUUCAACAACCCGCAACCCGCGGGUGCGGACAUCCCGAGGGAAGACGUGCCGACCUUUUAUCGCGAUCUCCUCAACACACCGAAUGAGUUGAACCAGGGCCACACUCUUCAUGAGUACUGGAUGGAGGACUCGGUUGGUCGCUUCGGGGUCGACCUGACCGCUUUUGGCGCCUAUCGACUCUCUAAUAACGGAUACCAAUACGGCGUUGACGGCAGCUUCAACCCCGGCGCAUGCCCGGAGGGAGAGACGUGCGGUCUCAACAUCCGCACCGAUGCGCUUGCCGCGUGGCGUGCCGACGUGGGCAAUGCGACGGCCGACGCGUUUGAGCUGGUCUUCAUCCUGUCUGCUGGCCAGGACGAGUCUUCUACCUGGCAGGAAUUCGGCGAGAUGAAGUUCAACGGGCCCGACGACGUUCCGGACGAGUUCGGGCCCCCCAAGGCCGCCAACGGCUCGUUGCCCAACUACGCUCGCACCCGGUAUGUGCCUUGGACCUCGUGGGCGGCUGCUUCGACCCUUUGGCCCAACGCCGGCGGCGGCUCCUCCACUCAGGGCGAAAGUUCGGGCAUGGCCGUCUACGCCCACGAACUGAGUCACUUGCUGAACAUUGGCGACAACUACAACAACCCCUACGGCCUCCCACUGCGCAGAGCCUACACCGGUCCAUGGUCCAUGAUGUCGCGCGGCUCCUUCAACGGGCCCGGCGGUCCACAUACUCGAUGGCAGGUCCCGGCGCUCCAGGGCGCUUCGAUGGGAUCGCUGCACACUCUGCGCGACAAGUUCCAGCUCGGACUGAUUGACAAGACGGACAUCCUUUGGCUGUCCCGUGAGGCUUUGUCUACCUCAGGAAUCGCCGUUGCCAAUCUGGUUGCCCGCUCCGUGGACCCCGGCGACGGCUUGAUGGGCGUCCGCGUCAUCAUGGACGCCGACCGGUCCCCCGCCUGCAACGUGACGACGGCGGUCCUGUGCGACGGCGGCGGCUGGGACAACUACGACAUGGAGGUCGUCGACCGUAUGGGCUCCGACUCGUUCCAGCCCGACUCUGGCGUCCUGGUCAGCAAGUCCAAGGACCUAGACCGGCAGCCCUUCCAAUGGGUCAUUGAUGCCAACCCUCAGGACAUCGAGCUUGUCGACUUUUACCGGCCCAACGGUUCCAUCGCCAUGAUCACCCUCGGUGACUACCGCCAGCUCGCAGAUGCCCUCUUCCACGCAGGGACCAACUCGGGCAGCGAAUUCGAGUUCAUCGAUACGCCCAACCGCUUGCACUUUUACAUCAUCGACCGCCACCGCGACGACGAAGGGAUUCUCUCGUACACGGUUGCUAUCCGGUCACUCGAGGGCGAGGGCGGCGCGAGCAUCCACGACGUGUCGCUGGGGGACGGGGCGGUGACUGACUUGAAGAGUAGCACGCCGACGGGUCAGGGAGUAACAUGCUCGUUUCAGCUUUCCAACAGUGGCUCAUACGUUGCCGUCGACCCGGAUGUCGCUCAGCAUCCCGAGGACGUCUCGGCCUUCUUGGAGUCGGACGUCUACCGACUGAGCGCCGAGGUUGAGGGCGCCGGCUGGCGCGUGGAACUGCCCAACGCCCUCGUCGCGGCGAGGUUCGGCGAAAUCAAGACCGCGAGGGUGUCCGUGGGAGCUUCCUCCGACGCGGCGGACUCGGCAGUGGUGACUCUCAAGGCGACUUCAGAGUCUGAUCCAUCGGUGGUUGCUUCCGCCCAAUGCCAAGUGACAAAGUCGUGA